AUGGUUAUGCUCACUGACGAUGCCCGGGAUCCGCGCCAAAUGCCCACUCGCGACAAUAUGCUCAAAGCGAUGGAAUGGCUGGUCCGCGGUGCUCAGCCACACGAUUCUCUAUUUUUCCAUUUCAUCUAUCCCAUGGAUUUCCAGGAUUCUGGCCAUAUUGUUGAUGACCUGAUCCACGACGUCAUGGUAAAGCCCCUCCCUCCCGGUUGUCGCCUGACUGCUAUUUUUGAUUCUUGCCACUCUGGUUCGGCUCUCGGAAAGAUCAAAGAACCUAAUCUCGCAGCUGAAGCAGGUCAAGGUCUCCUUUCCGCCGUCUCAUCCUACGCUCGUGGUGAUAUGGGAGGCGUAUUUUCUUCGGUCACUGGACUGCUUAAGACAGCUACCGGCAGCUCUCAAAAGGCUGAACGGUACGCCAGGGCGACUAAGACAAGCCCAGCUGAUUGUAUUUCUUGGAGUGGCUGCAAGGACUCGCAAACUAGUGCAGACACGCAGGAAGCGGGCAGGGCAACGGGCGCCAUGAGCUAUGCAUUUAUCACUGCACUCAGCCAGAACCCCCAGCAGAGCUACCAACAACUCCUUGGUUCCCUCAGGGAAAUUCUUCGGGCCAAGUAUAGCCAGCAGCCUCAGUUGUCCAGCUCACAUCCCAUGGAUACUAGCCUCCUCUUCAUCGCAUAA